AAACAAACAAACAAACAAACAAACAAGAAAACAAAACUGCUACUGAAAAAAGAACUGAAAACCAAGAUUGAAAAUUAAAUCAAAUUUUGGGUUUUCUUCUUUCAACUGCUUUCGACACCAGCAAUAAAUAAUCAGAAUGGCGCGACUCCGCCCACUGAAACACUUCGUCCUCCUCGUCAUCUUCUUCUGGGCGGUCAAAAUCCUCCACUCCAAGAAGGACAACCUCACGCCCUUCAACCAACGGCUUCAGGAGGUCGUCCUCGAGGGCAGGAGACCGUGGGAAGUCGAGGAUUACUUGGCCGAGGAGGACGUUGAUGAUGGGGUGGUCGAGGACGAGAAAGUGAAGGAAUAUGAGGAAGGUCGAGGUGAAGACGGACCCCCCAACCCCCCCUACAGACACGUGGAAAUAAACAACAACGGAACAGCUCGACUUCUUUGGCCAGACGAUGAAAUUUUGCUUUGUUCGAGGAUGGACGUGAGAUUCGCCGUCGGUCUGAGAGGCAGCAUCCUUCACUCCUUCCCUCGGUCUGGCAACACGUGGGUCCGGUAUCUCGUGGAGGCUGCAUCGGGGAUCUUCACCAGCUCUGUGUACUCGGAUAGGACUCUCGUGACUGCAGGAUACUUGGGAGAACGACACAAGUACGGCUGGGGAACGACCAUAGCCACGAAGUCUCACUUUAUCAAACACUUACAAAAGUACCGGAAUGUACCCACCGUUACGAUCAUUCGGAAUCCCGCCAGGGUGUUCGUGUCCCUGUGGAGUUACGUGAAUCUGCAGAACCGGCGUCGAAAGCACGUCGAGAGCGUGGCCGAGUCGAGCCUUCGGACACAGGAAUUCCACGACUUCGUCCAGUCCAAGCUGAAGAAAUGGCUGAACACAACUCUAUUUUCUCUAACCCAGUGUCGCGACGUAUUUCCCGUUUUCUAUGAAUCGGUGCGCGAGGAUCCUGUAGGGGAGACUCGCCGAAUUCUCGAGUAUUUGAAAGUGAAGCCCCAGGAGGACAGAUUAGCUUGUCUAGGGCGUCACGUCGGCGGGAACGUGAAGGGGGCUCAGAAGAGCCUCGAUCCUUACACGCAGGAGGAGAAGGAGCUCUUCCUGCAGGCGCUGAAGAAGGUGAACGAGACUUUGACACAGAGAGGUUUCCCAACUCUACCAGAUUACUCGAAAUACAAAAGCUAGUAAAAAUGUUUAUCGUGUGUAGGGAAAAGAAUCUUUAAAAAAUAAAUUCACAACGCCAAAUAAA